AAAGGGGCGUGGCCAGUAGCACGAGAGGAGCAGCCGACACACAGACGCUGAAUUGAGUUAUUGCACCGUCCGCAGGCUUUGCCACUGAAGAUGCGCUCACUGUAAAUCCUACGAGCCACGCAGCACACUCGUAUGGUAAAUAGUGUCCAGGACAGGGGUCUGGUUUCUCUUAUUUAAUAUAAUUGUGUGUGCUUACACCGGACGUGUUUGCGGCUUGUGCUCCUCGCUGCGUGCGCGCUCUCUUUGUGAACCUGCUGAGCGAAGCCCUCGCGCUCUGGGGGCUGCCCGGCUUUCUGAAUGGGAUGCGCGGUGGUCUACAGCACAGCUGGCAUUGAGGAGCAGGACGGUUCCGUCGGGACGCCCUAAGGUGGAGACGACCUACAAGGUGGAGAAGGACAAAAGGAGCUGCUUUUCUAUUUAAAACCCAAUCAAGAAUUCCAUGUUAUAAACGGAACCACCACCACCACCACCACCACCACCACCCAACUCCAGCCCCGCCCGAACUCCGCCCCCCCCGCCAUGCCCAUCCUCAAGCAGCUGGUGGGCUCCUCCCAGACCAAGCGGCGCUCCCGCAUGGACCUGACCCGCGAGAUGAUCAGCUCGCCGCUCGGCGACUUCCGCCACACCAUGCACGUGGGCCGCAGCGGCGACGCCUUCGGAGACACCUCCUUCCUCAGCAGCCGCUCGGGCGAGCCGGCGCCGCCGCCGGAGACGCCCCCGGCCUACCCCCACUCGCCCCGCCCGGGCCUGCUGUCCCGCACCUUCCGCAGCAGCAAGCGCUCCCAGUCGGUGACCCGCGUGGACCAGCGCGACGGGCUGGCCUCGCCCGGCGGGCCGUCCCCCGGCCACGUGAAGAACGCCAUGUCCCUGCCCUUCCUCAACGACGAGGACUGCGUCGACGGCGUGGCCACCCGCAGCCUCACGUCCAGCCCCUUGAGGCACGUCGGGGGUAGCGGGCGCGCGUACAACGGCAACGCCGCCGCCGCCGCCGGGGCGUGCCAGGGGCUGGAACUGGAGGAGAGGAGCUUCGGGGAGCUGACGGACCUUCCGGAGACGGCGACCUCCCCGUACCGGGGCGGCGGCAUGAAGCGGGCCGAGUCGGUCAUGUCGUUCCACAUCGACCUGGGGCCCUCCAUGCUGGGGGACAUCCUGGACGUGAUGGAGAAGGAGGACGACGACCUGGGCUACGAGGAGGGCAAGAGCAGCGAGGGCCACGCCUCGCCGCCCCUCAGCACCGUGGGCGAGGGGGACGACAGCGUGGCCGGCGGCGGCGGACUCGGGGGGCCGGGAGAGUUGGAGGCCAACGCCGAGGAGGAGGAGGAGGAGGAGGAAGAGGCGAGGCUGCAGCACGACUCCAUGCACGCGGGCAGCUCCGUGGACCUGGGGCCCGAGAGCGGGGGCCCGUACACGCCGCAGUACACCCCCGAGGCCCGGCCCAAGCUCCCGCGACACCUGGACAGCUGCUCCAUGUCCAGCUCGGGCUCCGCCCCCGUGGAGGGCGAGCGGCCGGGGGGCGGGGCCUACGCGGGGGACACGGACAGCGCCACCUUCAGCGCCCCGCCCGAGGAGGAGAGCGCCUUCUCGUCGUUCCUGGAGGACGACGACGACGACGAGAUUGGUGUUUGAGGUCGGCACCAGACCCCCCCCCCCCCCCCCCUGGUCCUCCUGUCUGGGUGGGGGAGACCCUGAGCUCUGACACCAACACCACAUGUCAGAGCUCUCGCCCUCUCUUCCCAUCCCCCUUGUGCAUUAAUCUCACGGCCGGUCUGACAAACUCACUGGCCCUCUUUUUGAACACUGUGCGAACUGACUUGGGGGGGGGGGGGAGAGGGGGGGGGUGUAAGGAGCUGCUCAUCAAAUAUGGAUCAUUCCCGGGAUUAAGCUGAAGGAAGGUGUCGGCAGGAGGCAUCGUCAAAUAAACACAACUGACACCUCCAAGCUUAUUUUACGCCGUCUCCCACCUGAGCCAGAACUCGACUCAAAAGAAAAGUGGACAGUUUCUAACAGCAUAUGCCUCGGUUCUGUCUGUCCCGAUCUCCCCAACGUCGACGGGCGCCUCAUCGCAGUGCAGAGAGGUGCUGCUGUGUGAGGGUUCCCACCUUCACCAGCAGUGCAUAACUUGCCGGGACAAGAGCGGAAACCAGGACUCCACUCGUAGCAACAUGUAUCCGGAGAGUGCCGUUACACAUCUGUCACGCAAGUGCUAUGACAUAUCCUUUUUGCCUUUUUUUUGUAGUUUUGUAGUUCCCUGCGCCACUGCUGCCAACCCCCGUGUCCCCUUACCUUGCCUUAUCGCUAAACAGUUUACUCUGUGGUGCCAGGCUGUCCUCUGUAGCGUUAUUGUGGAUUAACAAAUGGCUGAGCCACAAGAGCUAAUGGGAACGUGUCGAGUGGUGAACACACAAGCACUGGGUGGGGGACAAACCUCGCAGAAAAGCCUACAGGAAACAGCCUACUUUUCCUUUCGUGUUGUUUGUGGUCAUUGGUAAGCAGGGCAUGAUCAGACAGAGAGCAGGUUUGAACUGAUGUGAAACAGGCAUCUCCUUGCCACCUGUUGUCUGCGGUCACGUUGAAACGGAGCCCUGCUCGAACACCACUUCCUCCCUUUUUCGAGGUUAUGAGUGUACAUGACGACGAACUGGAACCGUGCAAAAUGUCUAGAACAGAUGCUCAACUUCCUGUUGGCCUUCCGGAGCCAUUUAUGUCAAAGAAAACGCAGGGUUUAUAGUUUAUGCACAACAACUAGAAUACAAAACCGUGCUGCCAAUCCGCAAAACCCAUAACUCUGGACACUACUUCUGUUUUUUUGUUGUGAGUCCUUUAUCUUAAAGUUUGUUUUUGUCUGUAUGUAACAAGAUACAUGGUCUUAAAUAAUAAAGUCUUUAAAGAUUA